CAAUUUCAAAUACUCUCAUUCUCAGUCACAGAAAAAGGAAAAAAAAAAAACGGUUCUUUCAUGUGAACGCACUGAUAUCAAUAUUAAGUUUCCCUUUCUCUUGCCACGAUCAGCGAAUCUUUCCCCAAAUGACUGGGGGAAGUAGAAGAAGUGCUCGGAGCAGAAUCAAGUCUCCCUCCGAUGGCGAUGAUCGCGACGAGCCUUCAUUGCGUAAAACCAGGCCCGAUCUUAAACUCCGUAGGGAUGGAGGUAGAAAUCAAGAUUCGAUUCGAUAUUUCAAUGUUGACCUAAAGGUGAUGCUAGGAUUUACCGUAGUUGCGUUCUUUGUUAUAUGGUUCUUCAUAUAUGAUCUCGUUAAGUACACUGAAGAAUCUCAUAGACCUAGGGUUAUCACUCCCUUCCCUGCUCCGAAAGUUACCGACCUCCCUCAGUUUCAAGGUGAGCACAAGGAGAGCUUGUAUUGGGGAACAUAUCGUCCUCAUGUAUAUCUUGGAAUUCGAGCCAGGACACCUCGGUCAUUGGUGGCUGGAUUAAUGUGGAUUGGGAUUAAGGAUGGAGGGUAUUUCAUGCGGCAUGUGUGCCAAGAUUCUGAUGAUUUAAGCAAAUAUGGUUGGACACACCAUAAUGGACGCGACUUUGGGAAUCAAUUGAUUGUUGAUCAGGACAUGACAUUGACAACGAGUUUCUUGAAAUUGAAGCAAGAGGGAAGUGGAUAUGGAGGAGAUUGGGCUGUUCGAAUUGACAUGCAAAGAGAUGAAGGUAUGCAGAGUGAGGAUUCAGGACGCGGUGGACAUCUUUUUUUCUAUUUGGCUGAUGAAGAUGGUAGUGUUUUAAGUCUGGGUCGUGAUGCUUUGAGCACUCGCGAUAAUUCUCUUCUUACUUCUGGUUCACGAGCGGAUGUUGGAAGUUGGCAGCUACAUUUGAAAUCACAGGAUGAUUUGGAGGUUCAUUAUUCUGGUUUUAGGACACCUCAUAUUCACAAUUUAUCUGAUCUUGUGCAGCAAAAUCUUGCAACACAAGCUAGAAAGUUUGGCCGACUGGAGCUACCUGACACCUCCGAGGAGUCUCCAAAUACUGUAGUUUUUCAGGUUUCUGCCAGGAUUCCAUUCAAAAUAGAUAUUGCAUUUGUUUCGGGAGUUGGUUCAACAAGUUCCAAAGUAGAAAAGCGGAUCAGCAGCCUUACAGGUACCUCACUCACCAGUCAACUGAAAGAGAAGCAAGAAUAUUUUGACACAUUGUUUGAGAACAAAUUUAAUAUGGAAAACAAGGUUGACGUAGAUUCUGUUGUUGCUGGCAAGUUUGCUCUUGGAAACAUGUUGGGUGGCAUUGGCUACUUUUAUGGCCAGUCAAAAAUUUCAUUUCCUAGAGAUUCGAAUGUGGGCACUCUUGAUAAUUUUAUUUCGUAUUGGCCAGCUGAGCUUUACACAGCUGUUCCAAGUCGACCUUUCUUUCCUCGGGGAUUCUUGUGGGAUGAGGGCUUUCAUCAGUUAUUGAUAUGGCGAUGGGAUAUUCAUAUUUCCAUGGAUAUUGUUGGACAUUGGUUAGAUCUAAUGAAUAUUGAUGGGUGGAUUCCACGUGAGCAAAUUUUAGGUGCUGAAGCUCUAAGUAAGGUCCCUGAGGAAUUUGUCAUUCAGUACCCAACAAAUGGAAAUCCACCAACUUUAUUUCUUGUGUUACAUGAUAUGAUUCAUGGUUUGAAGGAAAACAAAUUUAAUUCUGUUGAACGCAAUGAGAUAAUUUCAUUCUUGGAGCGGGCUUUUGUUCGCCUCGAAGCAUGGUUUCAAUGGUUCAAUACAUCCCAGUCAGGGAAGGAAGUGAGCAGCUACUAUUGGCAUGGAAGAGACAAUAUGACAAGGCGGGAAUUAAAUCCAAAGACACUUUCUUCUGGUUUGGAUGAUUACCCACGAGCUUCACACCCAACUGAGGAUGAACGUCAUUUGGAUCUUAGAUGCUGGAUGCUUCUUGCAGCAGAUUGUUUGCAUUCUAUUACGGAGCUUUUUGAGAAAAAUGAAUUUGGAAAGGAGUACGGUAACACAGCCAAGCUACUUUCAGAUUUUAAAAUUCUGAAUGAGAUGCACUUCGAUGAUGCACACGGUGCAUAUUUUGAUUUUGGUUACCAUACCGAAAAGGUUCGUUUAAGCUGGAAAGAAAUCAUGAAUGGAAACAACUAUGCAAGUCGAGAGCUUGUUCGUGAAGUUUUAGAAAACCCCAAGUUGAGACUGGUCCCUCAUGUUGGCUAUGUGAGCCUUUUCCCAUUCAUGAGGAAGAUCAUUCCACCAGAAUCAUGGAUUUUGGGAAAGCAGCUGGACCUUAUAUCAAACAGGAGCACCUUAUGGACCGAUUUUGGAAUUCGUUCUCUUGCCAGAUCAAGCUCCAUGUACAUGAAACGAAACACAGAGCAUGACCCUCCGUAUUGGAGGGGUCCAAUUUGGAUGAAUAUGAAUUACAUGAUUCUAUCUGCGCUUAACCAUUACUCUAAAGAAGAUGGACCAUUUAAAGACAGAGCGAGAACCAUCUAUGAUGAUUUGAGGAGCAAUUUGGUUAGAAAUGUCGUUCACAAUUAUCACCGAACUGGCUUUUUAUGGGAACAGUACGAUCAGAAGAACGGUAAGGGAAAAGGUGCUCGCCUUUUUACUGGGUGGACAUCUCUCGUACUAUUGAUUAUGGCCGAAGAUUAUGCCGGGACUUAGAUAUAUAAAUUCAAUAAUGCCCCCCAUCUAGUUCUCUUAUUGAGUUUGGUGAGUAAAACUAGAUAGUUCUUUUUUUUUUUAAUUACUUAAAUUAUGCGCGGAGGCCAGUUGUAAAAAGACUCGAUACAAUCGUCAAAUAAUGUAUUAAAGAAAUCUAGAUAGGGAAGGUUAGAUUAACGGGGUUUAUAUCGAUACUCGCCUUAUACUCCAUAGUCCCAAUUAAAGAAAAAGUUCUAUUGUGCCGACCAAAA